ACAUGAUGAUGCCUCCCUCAACUCAAACCUGGUGUGGCUUUUUUGGGAAAGAAGGCAUCCCCAUAAAUGGAAGGCCGAUCCCUCUCUGCCAAGCUCCACCAUCUAGAAAAAGAGACCGCAAGCGAAGUUGCAGAGAUGGAACACCCACCCCAACGGCCACCUCCACCUCCUUCCCCACCACCCCCAGCUCCUGAUCUCUCCCCCACCUUGGCACCAUCCUCACCUUCCGGCCGUGACGCCAGGGAUGUGAGGCUCUUCCCUUGUCUCUUCUGCAACAAGAAGUUCCUCAAGUCCCAGGCUCUUGGAGGCCACCAGAACGCCCACAAGAAGGAGAGGAGCAUCGGGUGGAGCUCCCAACUCUACCUGACAACCACCACCACCCCCUCCACCCACCUGAGCCCACCUCCCUUCCCCAUCGCGUCCCAUUCGUGCAAAUCCCUACCUCCGGGCCGUCCCUUCCCCGCCGACCAUCCCGAGAGCUUCGGUUCCUCUGGAGUCCCUCGCUUUGCCACUCGCCUCCCCUACUUAGCAACCGUGAGCAGAAGUAGGGUGUUGCGCGCUGCCAGAGACCCCUCCGCAGGCUGCAGCGAGACAAUCGAUCUCCUCAACUGGCAGAGGGCCUCCCAUCCGCCGCCGGUGCCCGCCGCCGACGAGAAUGAUCAGGAUCCUUCUUCAUCAUCUACCUCUUGUAAUGACGAAGACAACACCGGGCUUGAUCUCUCCUUAAGGCUCUAGUCCGUGCUUGUCAUUCCUCUGGGAGUUGAUGCCAGCUGCUGCUGUUGGGGGUCCAGUAGUUUGGCGGAGAGGAAAGGGUGGAUUUGGAAGAAGACACAUGCAUGUGAUUAAGCUUGCUUUGUGUUUGGUGGUGGUGGGGUGCUGAUAUAAUGAUAACGGGUGUACAUUUCUUAAGCUGUUAGAUCAUGUUCCCUCCCA